ACUCAUCCUCCAAUCAGAUCCAUAAGACUGAUGACGUCAGAUGAGCGCUUCCUGGUUACGCAGAGCUAAGCUAGCUUCACUCCUCUCGAGUUGUUUAUGUCUCUCAGCGGGGAGCUACAGAGGAGUUCCCCACCCGGGUUUCAGUGACUGACAGACGGAUCUUCUACUCGGACCUUCACCGUUAACCCUCCGGGAUGUCUUACCUGGAGAAACCGUCCCCCGGCCGGCUGCUACUGGACGACACGGUGCCUCUGACGGCGGUGAUCGAAGCCAGCCAGAAUCUGCAGUCCCACACGGAGUACAUCAUCAGAGUCCAGAGGGGCGUGUGCAGAAACAACUGGCAGGUCAUUCGGCGCUACAGUGACUUCGAUUUCUGAACACGCAGCCUGAUGGUGUGUGGGAUCAGCCUCCCUCUCCCUCCCAAGAAGCUCAUCGGAAACAUGGACAGAGAGUUCAUUGCAGAAAGGCAGAGAGGACUGCAGGCAUAUCUGGACUCUAUUACCCAGCAUCCUUUGCUUUGCAGCUCCUUGUUUGUGAAGAAGUUCCUUGACCCCAACAACUACGCUGCAAACUACACAGAGAUCGCUCUGCAGCAGGUCUCCAUGUACUUCAGGUCAGACCCAAAGUGGGAGGUCCUGGAGCCUCUGAAGGACAUGGGUAAGAUCAGAAAAAAAUAUUUCCUCAUCAAAAACAAAGAGCAGCCAAAGGAGCGGUAUCUGCUGAGCUGGGUGGACCUGGGCCCUGAUAAGUUCCUUUCAGACAAAGAUCUGCAAUCAGCCAUGAAGCUGUUCACCAGCUUCUCUACUCCAUAUCUGUGUCCGCUGUCGUUCUCCAGCACCAGUGAGUCUUCAGCUCUGCUCAUCCGGCCGUUCAGUGAGAGAGGCUCUCUGAGGGACCACAUAUGCAAGGUGAAGCCCAGAGAGAGUUACCUGAAGAAGUACUGCAACCCAAAGAAGAGUCAGGGCCUCGAGCUGCAGCACAUCAAACUGUACGGACGGCAGAUCCUGGAGGGUCUGAAGCUCCUCCAUGACGGUGGUGUGUUUUUCGGUCACCUGCAAACGUCCAAUGUGAUCGUGGACGAUGGCGUGUGUCGACUCACAGAGGUAGAAAACGGCAUGCUGGGAGUCCCCUCAGCGCUGCGGCCGGCAUUCACGCAGCUCAGGAAGAUCAACAGCACAGAGAGCAUCGAUGUCUUCUGUUUCGGACACUUACUGUACGAGAUGACGUACGGCCGACCACCGGACAGCACCCCAGUCGAGCAAUUCCCCCCUGUCCCCUUCACGACUGUGGUGUCAGUGCUGCAGUCCAUCCUGUCCACAGAGGCCUGUAAGGGCAGGAUGCCAACAGUGUCAGACCUCAUGCAGACACCGUUGUUCAGUGAUGUCCAGCUUCAACACUCAGAGAAACUACAGCUCAAGAUUCCCAGCAGACUAAAAGAGGCGCUGAAGACAGCGAAGGAGAGUCUGGAGAAAAGACUGCAAGAGGAGCAGAGAGUGCUCCACCAGCACAAGAGACUGACCAGAGCUCAGUCUCACCACGGCUCAGAGGAGGAGAGGAAGAGGAGGAAGAUUCUGGCGAGAAAGAAGUCCAGACAGUCGGCUUUUGAAAAUGAAGAAGAUGUGUCCGUCAGGAACAACAACAACUCUGGUUCUGGAGCCAGCUCUCCUCCCACAUGCCCCUCCUCUCCCACACCUCCAUCCACUAUAGGAGGCCAGACUGCUCCUCCUCCGCCUCCUCCUCCACCUCCUCCCCCUCCUCCUAUGCUGGACUCCUCCUCCUCCUGUCCUCUGCCACUGUCCCCCCAUGACGGAGCAGGAGGAGGAAGUCGCAGCGCUCUGCUGAGCUCCAUCCAGGCUUUCAGUAAGGGCAAACUGAAGAAGGCCGAGACUGAGGACCGCAGCAAACCUGUCAUGUGACCCCGCCCACUGCCUGAACCCGCCCUCCUCUAGAACCCGUCAUGAAUGACCUCUGCACUGGUUCUGCACUGUGGUCUGAGCUGGUUCAGGUUGUCGCUUCCUGAGACAUGAAAGGAAUCACUAAUGAAGAGAAAUCCAAGUAUCGUUUGGUUUUUAUCACUAUCUCUGCUUCUUCCUGCUGUUUGGUUUUAAUAUCUGUUGCUGUGGUCAGAGGGCGGAGGACAGGCGGUGUUGGAUGGCUGCCUCAGUCUGCCCUUUUAGAAACUCCAGACAAUCCCCUGCUUGGAACCCAGUUUCCUGGUUAACCUGCUGCUUCACCCGGCAGCCUUGUCUUCUUCUGCGCUUUUUGCUUGUAAAAUUUGCGUUUGAACUUUUGGAGUUUGAGUUUUUGGGAGCCACUGUGGAUGCUUCAUCUUGCUGGAUGAUGAGGUUUAACUUCCUGGAUCUAAUACUCUAAAGUCAGUGCUUUGACGGUGUCAUGGCGCUGGUCCUGAUCCUGGAGCAGCGGAGAAACUGGACCAAACUCCAGCUUUCCUUCAUGAAGAACCAUCUCUGUCCUCUUUGACAUGUAGCCUCCAGACUCUGCUGAGACUGAUCCACUGCAGGACGACAGUGACGAGGAACGCCUCCAUGAAAACAAGAGCUACGCUGCAACAAAAAGCCUCUUUAACACUUCUGUCUCUAAUUUAGUCCCUUAACUAUAAUUUACUCAGAAGAAUCUAGACAAGUCUGCACCUUGAAUCAAUAAACUAAAGCAGAGCAACUUUAUCUUAAAAGAAUAAACAUGAUUUUAUUUAUUGGAAAGCUAGAGCAGAUCUAUUUUCACGUGUUUUAUGAGGUUAAGACUUCGAAUGCAGACAACUUGGACCCAUUUGAAAGCGGAGGGUUGCAAUGUGUGUCUGAAAUUAUGAAUACAGUCAGGUUGAGAUCACACCUGCUGAGUGGUCGUUUGAGAGGAGAGAUUAGUUGUAUUAAUAUUGUGCAAUGAUUCACCUGCCAGAGAUUCUUGCAGCCUUUACCCCCUACAGAAAGAAUACAACGCUCUACAAUCAAGCCCUCUGAUUGGUCACUUGAUAAGUCAUAAAAUCGAUGGUUGAGACCAAAUCUGAGAGUGAAUGUUUGCACGAUGUAGAGCAACGAUUAAUGAGCAUCCCAUAUGACAUUUUUUUAUGCUCCCAUCCCUUAUACAAUCACGUUAGUGGAUGGAUCACUGACUGCAUAUAAAGAUGGAUGACAUGCUGCCACCUCCUCCUGUUGUACAAAAGUGAAGCCAAAAUAACUUUAGUGACUGGCUCCAAAAUGCACAAGAUGUCAGCGCCAGAGUCUGAGCAGUAGAUGUUGGUUGUUGGAGCUGUGAUAUCCAUGUCCCGCCUCUUCCGUGAACUAAAACGGUAAUUUAACUUACCAAUAAAAUGGCGGGUUGAACAGAUUCUGAUGUCAAUUUGAAGCACACACUCAUUUAUUGAAAGUUAAAUGACUCGUAUUAGUGUUCGUUUCUUUUCCUGUAACUAUUCCCCCUGUUCACAGAACACCUCAUUGGUCGACAGAGCUGUCAAUCAUGGAGUCAAACCCUUAUUUUAAGCAUCAAAUAACUAAUCCAACCUAUACUUCUUAAAGGAAUGCACACUUGGACAUAAAUCAGCACAAUAAGAACUGAAACCAUGUUUUAGAAACAAUUAACGUAUUUUAAUUUCCUAGUUUGGCCUUUUUUCCCUUUAUUAACAUUAAGGAGGCGGGGCUUAUGAGCUUUACUGCAGCCAGUCAGCAGAGGGAGCUCUAAAUCUUUCGGCCUCAAAGUUGGUUAACACUUAUGGCGUUCAUUUUAACAUACAGUCUCUGGUUUUGGCUUCCCUUUUGAAUAGAUAUGUCGUCCAUCUUGUAACCCACUACUGUGUUUUUGCCUACUUUUUCUUUUCUUUUCCAAUUUUUUGACUUUUGUGCUUCAUUUGGUUGGAAAGCUGCUGGGAUGCAAACAGUCACAACAGGUCCCACUCAGACUGCAUAGUAAAAUAUUAAAACAGCUGGAAACAAAGAUGCACAAACCUUUUGUGUACAGUAACAUAGUGCCAUUAUAGUUUAACUCCUGAGAUUAAGAGAUAUAUUAUUUGCCAUGUGUUCUAAUUUGCUGAUAUGUGUUGCUGAAGUAAGUUUGGGAUGUGCCACUAUGAGGUAGCUGCUCUCAAUUGGAAGUGAUGUCUUUACUUUAUAUAAUUUUAAACUUGGUGCGAAAUGUCUGUACUGUCCUACGUCAGACAAACAACAGUGACAAGAAGUUCAGCUACUGGGGCAGGAGACUUUAAGAAAACAAAACUACCAACCUGUAAGGUUUUGCUUCUUUGCACCAGAUGAAAACCCUGAUUUAUGCUUAUGCAUGUUUAUGUUAACUUAAAAUUACAUUUGGAUAACAUCACCACUUAUUACUUUCUAAACAUCCAUCCAGAAGGGUUUCAGAACGUCUUCCUCUCUAGAAAUCAACAUGCAAAGGGUUGAAUAUUGCUGCAGUGAGGAACAUCUUCACAAUUGAAAUCUUAAUGAAUAAGAGAAUCAGUAAGAAGUCACAAAGGAAACAUUUUAGUAAGAUGUUGGGAGUGUCCUUGAUUGCAACAUAAAGAUAUGAUUCCAAAACAGCCACGUAUAACAGGAAUAUUGUGAGUAUCCUGUAUUAUAAUAAAAUAUAAAAGAACCUAAAAUUGCGAUGGAUCUCACUGCAGCAAGGUUCAUGCUCUUUUUAUAAUAGAAAACCUGAUUAUUUGGGGUGAGGAGAGGACAGAAAGUCACAUCCAGGUCCUCAGAGAUGUGACAUGUUUGGUCCUCUCUGACUUCAUUAAGGUUAAACUUCACGAACCCUUCAGGCGUAACAGUAGUGAAUUAAGUUUACCUUCAUUCAGACCCAUGCUGUGUUGAUUCCUGUUCUCUUUAUGUGCUCUGCCUCUGAUUGAUUUUAUCGUGCCAUACGGAUGCUUGUACCUGGAAAUGGAAACCUGAAUGUUUUGUUUUUUGUUGAAAUAUUGUGAGCAGGUGUUUGUGUUUAGAAAGAGCGGUCUGAUUGGGAUGUUCACACUUUGGCACACAGUAUGUUUCCAUUUGGCUAUUGCUUCUAGAUUAUUUCAUCAUUCAGUUGAGAAACGUUUAAGAAUGAAUCACUUGCCUGUGAUAACGUGUAUUAAGUGGCGAGCAGAGCUGCUGCCAGGGGAGCUUGAUGACUCUGCUCAAGUUUUUGCUCUCAUAUUGUUUGUUUUUAACGACUGCUUCAUGCUAUUAUUGUUUGUUUUUAUUAUUCAGUGCAAUCCGGUCCAAUGCGAUGGUCUUGAAUGGUCAUUAAGUUGUGUCUGAAUGUUUCUCUGCAGCACUUUACCCGGAAGGGGUGGAAGAUAUGUCCAGAGGUGUUUGUGUCAAAAUAAAGUCCAAGGGAUGACGCUGGAUUAUAAAUCAGAUUAGUAUAAAAAACACUCUAUGAUCUCCAGGUCAUUCACAUUCAUCAUAUGUAUCAGAUGCAUCAGAUAUUUUAUUCCAGUGUAAUAUUUUAAGAGAGCUUCUCAACAUUAAACUCAUUAAACGCAGCAGCGAAAGGACUCUCCUCGUCAUAAAUAUUAAAAUAAAAACGUCUAGCGACCUGCUGUGAUGACUGUAUCAACUGAAUGAACAUUUGAUUAAAAAGUGGUUCAAGAAAA